AUGUUUGCUGAUCCUUUAUCUUUAUUUAUUUUCUCCUUUCGUGCAAUUUUCAAUUAAUUUGGUCAAUACCUCGCUUUAAUCCAAAACCUUAUAGUUUGAUUUUUCGUUUCCCGACAGCUGGUGGCGAUGGUCCGUUGACCGUAACACAAGUUCCAGAAGCAGUUUUGAUGCGGGGUGACUCGGCAGUGCUUUACUGCAUUUAUCCAAUCUUCUCAGACAACAAGCCGUACAAAGUGCAUUGGUGGAGAGAUGGGGAUAAUAGAUUCCUGGAUGAAAGUGCAGAUAGACGAAUCCAGUUUUAUUUCCUGAGAGGGGGAAGCGCUGUCUUACGGGUGAAGGACGUGACAGUGAAGGACGCCGGGCUCUAUUUCUGCAGCUUGACACGUUCCAAAGUUUUAAACGGGACUGGUACAAAGCUGGUAGUUUACGACCCCCCAACUCCUCUGAGCUUGACCACCAUGCUGCCGGAGAACACAUCGGUUACUCUGAUUCUCGUUUGUAAAACAGCAACGUUCUUUCCUCUUGAUCUGAAUAUUACUUGGUACAAAAAUGGGUCAGAUAUUAUACAGAAGAUUGAGCCAAACAAAACGCAGACAUCAGCAGGACUGUACGAAGCUUGGAGCUGCCUGACCGAGAUAGACGAUGUGGAGAGCGGGACAGUUUAUACCUGCCAGGUGUCUCAUAUUUCUCUUCCGAAUCCAACCAAUAUCAGCUACACUUUCUACAGCCGAGGUAAGAAUAACGAUACAUUUUCAAUGCAAUUUGGCCACAUAUCCAUUAUUACCUCAGGAAAAGGUGUGGUUAAUAAACCAUAUUGUCCAUUUAGCACCGUUGUAUAACCGUUGACACGUGUGUACCACAACAAAGGGCGAUGUUGGGACAAACGUCCAUACUUGUGUGUGUCUCAUGAACCUUAUACUCAUGAAAGUAUAUUUUCGUGCCAAAACACCACGCUAUGGUAAGAUCAGGAGUAAUUGGACUUACAUAUUCUGGAGACAGAGGUGGUUGGCUGGGCAUUGUUUCCCUUAGUGUACAGGAGGCUGAACGUAAAACAUACAAUAGUACCGCACAGGAGAGGGCCCUUCAUCCGACAAUGAUUGCACACAACAUGAUGCCUCAUCUGCCUGUAGAUGAUCCAUAUCCCUCGAUUCCAUGUGCCAACUGCAGAUGCUGGUUUACACCAAAGAUAGACACAGAAUGCUCGAAUAACUCAGCGUGACAGACAGCAUCUCUGGGUAGAAGGAAUGGGUGACGUUUUGGGUCACGAUCCUUCCUCGUGUGCCUGUCUAACAGCCUCCUAAACUCCACUACAGUAUCUGUCUCCACCACCACCCCUCGCAAUCCGUCCCAGGAUCUCAAUACACUUAGUAAAAGUCUUGCCCCGCACAUCUCCAAGAAACCUUCCCCAUCUCAGCUUAUAGCUAUGCAGUCUAAGGAUGACAAUGUCAAGCCCUGGAGAAUGAAUCUGAUGGUCUACCAUAUCUACGCCUCCUAAAGUUAUUCAGGUCGACCUUUUGCAUUCCGUAAAAACCUCUUAAAUGUCAUUAUUGUUCCUUUGUAUCUUGGUAUCUUUAUCCACUACCAGGUCUGGCAGUACAUUCCAGGCACCAACUACGCUCUGUGCAUAACACUUGCCCGGCAUCUCUUCUUUAAACGUGUCCAUCCAACCUAAACCUACUCUAGUCGUUGUCCUUUACACCAAUAAAGGCUGUGACCAGUUGUGCCACUCAUAAUUUUAUAUACUUCCAUCCAGAAUCCUUUCAGCCUGCACUGCUCUGGAAAAGACAAUCAAAUCUGUUCUAACCUCUCCUUGUACCCAAUACCCUCUAAUCUAGACAGCAUCCUGGUUGAAGGCAGCAUUGUGGCGCUGAUGAUGGAGGGAGCUGUCGACGGAGCCAAGACCCGUUUGUACAUCAAUGCUCAUCUACGUUUACAUCCAAGUCAUUCAUAUAGAAAUCACAAACAUUGAUCCUGGUAGAAGUGCACUUAUCACAGAGCUCCAACCAUAAUAACACUCUUCUACCUCAACUCUCUGUCUUGUUUGAGUAAGCCAGUUCUGAAUCCAUACCACCAAGUCACUCUGAAUCCGAUCCAUCUCAAUUUUCUGGAUCAGCCUGUCCUGCCGUGGACUAAGCCAAGGUGACUGACCGUAAUUAAUCAAUUUUCUGCCAAUAAAUCCAAUCCUGAAUUAUACUCUUCAAUAAAUUCCCUUUCACUGACGAACCAUUCCCCAUGUUAUUAUGCUUCCCAACCAGCCUUGUAUAUUUCGCUUAGCCGUCUACAAUGGAAUCUACGGUUAAAACUCCAAGAUUUUCCAGCAUAUCUUAAUGGAUGGACAAUAAUUAUUGAUUAGACAAGACAACUACGAAAACAGAAAUGAUCGCAUUGGAAUUUGCAAGAGCUUGCUUUGUUGAAACUGCGCGCUUCCUUCCCCGCUACACAUCACGUACUUCUACAUUCUUCAUAUGGCCUCGCCUAUGGUACAAAUAACCUCCUGCCAUA